AUGAGUAAGGGAGAACGGGCCAGGACAUUAGGAUUUGAGUCUGAGGCCCCCGGCCCAUCUUCAUCCACGGCUGCACCAGCACGCUCAAUUCCCCAACGUCUUGAUGCACUUGAAGCAACAAUGCAUGGGAUUGAGGCAUCAGCGCAGGGGAUGAUGACCAUGCUGAUAGAGUUGUUCAUCGCAGGGGAUGAUGACCAUGCUGAUAGAGUUGUUCAUGUACACCUUCCAUGGGAGGCCCAUUCUAGAACCACCUAUAUCUCCAGCUGUUGGCUCCUAUGCCUUUGCUGUCCCCCUACUCCCACAGUGACUUUGGAGGAUGAGGAUGAGGAUGAUGAUGAUGAAGAAACUGAGGAUUUUGGGAAUGGUGAGGAGUUUGAUGAAAAUGAAGAGUUUGGGGAGGAUGUUGAAUCUGACAAUGAAUGA